AUGGAAUCUUUGGAUGAUGAUAUUGAUGAUCUUAAAAUUGGAAUGAGGGUUUCUAGUGAAGAUGAAGCAUAUAAGUUAUAUUGUAAGUAUGCCCUGCGAAAGGGUUUUGGUGUUCGAAAAGGAAACUUUCGGUAUACUAGUGGUGGAGUUAUUAAACAACGGGAGUUCUUAUGUGCAAAUGCAGGACAAUAUCGCGAUGGUGAUCCUUUUAAUCCGAAAAAAAUAAGAAGACUAGUGACCCGAACAGGUUGUAAAGCUCUAAUUAAAUUUGUAAUUGCAGAAGGAAUUUGGGAAAUUAGUUAUAUCAAUGAUGAACACAACCAUAACUUUGUUGAUCAAGAAGAAAGACAGUUUUUAAGAAUAAGCAGAAACAUAGAUUCAGCUAGUGCAAGUGUUCUAAAUUCUAUGGUUGGUGCUGGUAUAAAAGGGACAAAAGCUUACUCAUAUCUUUCGAAAGAAGUUGGUGGAUCUGAAAAUGUCGGGUUCACUUUAAGAGAUUGUCAAAAUUUUGUUAAUGAGAAAAAGAAAAGUUUGAUUCAAAGAGGAGAUGCACAAAGCGUAAUAAAAAACUUUAAGCAAUGUCGAGCUGAAGACCAUAUAUUCUUUCACAGUGAGGAAUUAGAUGCAGAAGGUCGUUUGGCAAAUUUUUUUUGGAGAGAUGGAAGAUCGAGAUUAGACUAUGACUAUUUUGGGGAUGUUGUUGUUUUUGAUACCACGUAUCGAACAAACAGAUAUGAUAUGAUUUUUGCUCCAUUCGUAGGAGUUAAUCAUCAUAGGAAGAAUAUUUUAUUUGGUUGUGCAUUUCUUGUAGAUGAGACCACAGAUUCUUUUGUUUGGUUGUUCGAGGAAUUUUUAGAGGCGAUGGAUAACAAGGCACCCAAGACAAUAUUUACUGAUCAAUGUCAAGCAAUGGCAAAUGCCAUUAAAAAAGUUUUUCCAAACACUUGUCAUCGUCUUUGUUCAUGGCAUAUUUCAAAAAAUGCCACUCAAAAGCUUGGGACCUUGUAUGGAAAUUACGAGUUCAAAACUUUGUUUCAGAAGUGUCUACAUUCUGAAGCAAUAGAUGAUUUUGAAUCAACAUGGAGUCUAAUGAUAACGAAGUUUGGCAUUGCAGACAACAAAUAG